AUCACGUUUCAACGCACAUCAUGUCAAAUUGCGAGUUGUACGCGUUCCGUUUACAUGUACAUGUACAUGUACGUGUGUACACGGUGCAACGGCGCGGGCAAGGUCAACAAGUUCAUUUUCUUGCGUGAACUUACUGCGUCGUGCAACUGAUGGACACUUCUUCCAACCAUGGAGGGUCUUCUUGCUCCGUGUUUUAUUUGGUUGGCUUUGCUCUCGGGUUUCAACGCCGACUUGGGGGAAGGGGCUAACGAUUUAGGAGAAGUUAAUGCUGGAGAGGAACACAAUCCCGUGGCUGGUCUUGACGAUGAGGUCAGCCCACCACCCACUUCCUGUGUGGAUGAUGAUGUCACUUGUGCCCUCAUUGGGGCGACCAGGUGGUUGCUACAGCAACAGGAGGUGGACUGGGACUGGAACGGUGGCAUCAGUACCUCCUCCGUCGUCAUGGCGAUGCAGCUGGCCAAUGAAAGCUGGUAUCGGGAGAAGGCGCUGGAGACGCAGCUGGCCAUCAAACAGCUGGAGAUAGAGUUAUUGGCUGAGCUCAGCAGAUCAGCAAAACUCAGUGGCUGUGGCACUGGUUCCCAACGUCACUCUCGUCUGGCCAAAAUCUCAGUGGGCCGCCUGGCUCUCUACAUGCUAGCCCUGGAGGCCACUUGCCACAACACAGAGGAUUUCUAUGGCAACGACCUGGUGGAGGUGCUGGAGCACAACAUGCGACGCUUUCCCCGCAAGGACUUCAACAACCAUUUCCAGUAUUCGCUCGGGGUGUUGGCGCUGUGCCAGAGUGGUCAGGGUGCCGUUAAGCUGAAGCACAUUCGGGAGCUGCUCAAUGGACAAAGGGAAGACGGCUGCUAUAGAUUUGAUGGCCGAGGUGCUGAUGUUGCAUCCAUGUCUGUGAUGGCUCUGUCCUGUGCCAGAGGUAGCGUGCCUACAUCCUUCAAGUCUCGCUUUGAGCAGAAGUUCAACAAGACAAUGUCCUGCAUUCUAAGUAAACAGCAGGAUGAUGCCUCAUUUGGAAACGGCAUCAGUACGGCCCUUGCAAGCCAGGCCCUGAAGGCAGCCAGUGUGCCCCCCUCUGUGUGGCGUGCCGAGGAGGCCCUGCAGCGAGUCUUGGAAACCCAGCAUGAGGACGGCCAUUUUGGCAACCUUGGGGCCACCGUGCAGAUCCUACCCCUGCUUGCCAAUCGUCACCAUGGCAGCGUCAAGGACAUCAAGAUGGCCUGCCUCACCCAGGCAGCAGACUCAGCUGGCUCCCAGCCUGGCAGUGAACCAACCGACCCCACAGAACAGCCGGGCCCACCAAUCACAAUCCAGAUAGUCCUGGAAAACAGCAUUGACACCAACCAGCAGCCGGUUACAGUGUCAGUCACUGCCCCGGCUGGCUCCAAGCUGUUUAAAUUCCUUCAAGUGGCCAUGGAGGAAUCGCAAGGCACCUUUAGAUUUGAAUCCAAGAUGACAGAUUUUGGGAAUUUUGUGACCAGUUUCAAUGGUGUAGCCAAUGACGAUGUCAACCACAGGUAUUGGAGCAUUCUGAUUGGUCCCAACAGGGAAUAUGCAACGACAGGGCCGGAUGGAAUCAUUCCUGAAGAUGGAGUAGAUUAUAUCUUCCGCUAUAAAUCCUACUGAAGCGUCACCAGGGAAAAAUACCCUACAUUAUACAUAUCAGUAUGAGGGUGAUUGCUAUUUAUGUCUCAUGUCUUUUUGUAUACCUGAAGAGUUCGGAUGCAAAAUCUUAUAAAGGAGGAAAAUCAUGCAUUCAUUUAGUUGAUAAUUUUUCUAAACAAUAUAAAUUCUCUAGUCAAAACUUUAAAGAGUUUUCAAAAUAGAAUGGAAUGGACAGUCCCCGUGUGUGCACAAAGUAACAGGUUGUCUGUCUUAUUUUAAGAGCCAGUUUUUUUGUCAUUUGCCUAAGGUAUCCGUCAAGUUUUUGUCAUUUGCUAAAUACUUAUGGGUAUGUACUUAGUAUUUUAUAAAGGUAUGGCCAACACUUGCGAAUGUUGAUCCAUAAGAGGACAGGUGCUAUAUCGAUGCCAAUUUAAUAACCUGCAAUGCUGUUAUGUGCUUAAUAGUUUUGUUUCAUAAAUACUAGUACUUUUUCGUGUGAAACAAUUGUAUGACCAUCUAUACAAAUGUCUGUGGACGUUACUUAUGUCUUACCUUCAGUCAAAUUUGAGGUCUCGAUCCUGACUAGUUUAUUCAUGGCAACAAUAUAAUGAACAUAGUGCACGUCACCCUCCGUAAUAGUGUGGUAAUAAUAGCAUCCCGUACAUAGCAACGACGGUCCUUUGGUGGGAUCUCACCGUGUGCAUAGCAAGCACAAGUUCAUGCACGUUUUGGUGCACUGAGGAUGCGAUGAACUUGGGUGACCGAUUUGUGUUGCAGCGUAUGGUCUCUGCCCGUGUACUGGGUGCCCAGAUUAACAAAAUUCCCACCAGCCUGUCUCUCCUUUGCCAGUGAGGGGGCAUUUCAAGUCGGGCAGAUUGCAUUCUUUACUCGAGGUGCAUAAUCAAAAAGGCCUGUUUCAGUGGGCCGUAUUCCUCAGGAAACUAUUUCUGUUUUGUUCCUCAAACUUUUUUUUUUUUAAAUAAAAUAUCAACUAUCUAAUGGAAUGGUAUCGGACUAUUUUGAGGAUUCUUGUUGGUCUCCUGUUCCUUGAAUUUAUGUUCAAAACCUGGCUAAGACUGAGGUACGGUUUAUCACAAAAUGUGAAUUAAUCAGAGUGGACAGGUAAUAAUUGGUCAGGAAAUUAAAUUCAUUCGUUGAUGCUCUCAAUUCAAAAAAAUUAAAAGCUAACCUCGCUUUCAAAUUCAAAAUGGUUCAUUCAAGAAUGUGGUCCAUUCGAGUAAAUUUGUCAUAUCUCGCUCAUGGUCAUGGGACAAAUAAUACAAACUGCCUUCCAACAAAACAUAGUCAUUUAAAUAAAAUCUGGUUUUUAAUGAUUUUCAAAUUGCAGUCUUUGAGGGAAAAAGAGGGGGAUGCUUUUAAACCUCAGAAAUAAACUACAGAAAUGGAAUGAUUUUUACAACAUA